GAUUAUCAUUGACAGUUUUUAGUGCGCUCUUAGUUUCCAGCGCGAGUGAAUGAAAGCGGGAAUUUUUUCGGUUGAUUUAAUUCGGUGAGUUCCGUGAUUGCUGUAAACGAUCGGUUCCCGAUCGGAUGCGUCUUGCGAGAAUCGAUCGUGAAUUUAGAGGCGUAGACCAGAGCGCACCUGUAAUAAUUGGGAGAGCCACUCUCCUCCGGUGUGGAGUACCUAACUUGGUGUUGUUGUUGGUGCUGUUUAUUUGUUUAUGUUCGUAUUUUUAUUAAUGAAGUACGCUCGGGCGAGAUCGGUAAGGCUGUUUUAAGCGAGAACUCACACCGAGUCGAAAAGUGCUGUUUUGGGAAAACAGAAAACAAGAAGUGGCAACAAACAAGCGGCCUCAACGGUGUGGGGCAAAGCGAGAGAAAAAAUUGACCCCGAGAGGAUCAAAUUGCCGGGUGCAGAAGGAAAAGUGAAAAAUUUCUUUUCUUUUUGGUACCGGGCCAAUUUGGGGGCUUUUAUUAGCCGGGGAAAAGCCCGCCGGAGCAGCGAAAGAGUGAGAGCUCGAGUAAUGAUCGUGUGAAGAAAGGAAAAUCGAAAAAAGGAGGUGGUGACGAGCAAACUCGAAAGAAUCACUCCACCAGCCGAACGAAAAGAGCGGGGAAAAGGGAGGAAGAAAAGGCGGCCGAUACACAAAAACAAAAGGUAUCCGAGCGCAAAACGAGCCGAGCGAAAGAGCGUGUGCCGAACGACCCGAGAGAGGAAAACCAAAGUGUGUACGGACGGAACGAAGAAGGAGACGAAUAGCGCAAAUUGGCUCGGAGCGAUCUCGGCUGCGGAAGCGAGAUCGACAGGGGUUUUGCCCCCCGGGAAAAUUGAGCGAGAGAGAUGGCGCACGUUGCUUGAGUUAGCUGCUCGAGCGCUAACUGAGUGAGGUCGGGUGCAGCUUGAGAGGUGCUAGGCAGCAGUAGAGCAUUACGAGAAAGGUGCUGCUACCCGAAGGAUAUCGUCGGCCUAGCAAAGCGAGCCGUCAGCAUAACCGUUUUCGUGCGCGAUCGUGAUUGAUGUUUGGUAGUUCGUGUUCUUGUUGUUGACAAUCGUCGGAACGUUCUCGAGUGGAGGUUAAACCAUCAACCGUCGACCGGGAACAAGGAAAAUUGUCCGGAACGGAGUCGAGGAUCUGAGAGAUUUGAACGCGCAACGUGGUUGGUUUCAGGGUGGUUUUGUUGCAUUGAUCGAACCGGAAGGAAGCGCGUGGGACUCGAUCGCCAGUGGUGAGUGCGGAAAAACCAAAAAAAAAACGGAUAAAUCGACGCUAUCAUGUGAUCAAUGUCCAUCGGGUGAUCGAGAGAAAAAGAAAAAUGAUUGUUAGUUCUGUGAUAACUGCUGACAGUGCACCAAGGUAAAAGUUUUCCCGCGGAGGAAAAUUGUAUUUUUUUUUAUUGGUUUCAAAGUGCAAGUGCUGCUCGACCGACGACAAAAAAGCGUUGAGAAGAUCUCGGAUACAAAUUUUAGAGGGAAACCAACUCGAUUUGGUUUGCUUGAAACGACAAGUUUUAGUUGAUUCGGUAGGAAGUGUCAAAGUUUACGCAAUGGAACUGGUGACAUUUGCGCUGAUCUGCCUGAUGGCAGUCGGAACCAGUGGGGAGGUGGAAAACAAAGUGAAACCUGGUCGAGGACGGGGGUCGAUGUGGUGGGGUAUUGCAAAGGCUGGAGAACCGAAUAACAUUUCACCGCUGGCAAACGGGAUGAUGUACAUGGAUCCGGCGAUACACGCGACGCUAAGGCGGAAACAGCGAAGGUUGGCUCGGGAAAAUCCCGGAGUUCUGGCGGCUAUCGCCAAGGGAGCCAACAUGGCCAUCAGCGAGUGCCAGCAUCAGUUCCGGAAUCGCCGGUGGAACUGCUCGACCCGGAACUUCCUGCGGGGGAAGAACCUGUUUGGGAAGAUCGUUGAACGAGGAUGUCGAGAGACGGCCUUCAUCUAUGCGAUCACCAGUGCGGCCGUUACCCACAGCAUAGCGCGGGCCUGUAGCGAGGGUUCGAUCGAGUCCUGCACCUGCGACUACUCGCACCAGAAUCGGGCCCCGCAAGCCAAUGCGAUGGGUGCCGUGGCCGGCGUUCGGGACUGGGAAUGGGGCGGCUGCAGUGACAACAUCGGAUUCGGCUUCAAAUUCUCCCGGGAGUUCGUGGACACCGGCGAACGAGGUCGAUCGCUGCGUGAGAAGAUGAACCUGCACAACAACGAAGCUGGUCGAGCGCACGUACAAUCGGAGAUGCGGCAGGAGUGCAAGUGCCACGGCAUGUCCGGCUCGUGUACGGUCAAGACCUGCUGGAUGCGGCUGCCCAGCUUCCGAGUGGUGGGUGAUCUGCUGAAGGACCGCUUCGAUGGCGCCUCCCGGGUGAUGGUGUCCAACAGUUUGCGGACGAGCAGCGUGAACGAGGCCACACUGUCGAACCGGGCCAACCCGAACGGGCUCAAGAGCGGGAACCAGGUGGGAUCCAGCGGGGCCAACAGCGUCUCGAGCAAUUCGAUCCACGCGCGGGGCCACCAGCAGAAGAAGUUCAAUCGCUACAACUUCCAGCUGAAGCCACACAAUCCGGACCACAAGCCGCCCGGCUCCAAGGACCUCGUCUAUCUGGAACCGUCGCCCGGUUUCUGCGAGCGGAAUCCCCGGCUCGGCAUCCAGGGAACGCACGGUCGCCAAUGUAACGACACCUCGAUCGGGGUGGACGGGUGCGAUCUGAUGUGCUGCGGCCGGGGCUACCGGACCCAGGAGGUCAUCGUGGUCGAGCGCUGCGCCUGCACGUUCCACUGGUGCUGCGAGGUGAAGUGCAAGCUGUGUCGGACGAAGAAAAUUAUUCACACAUGCCUGUGAGAAGCCUAACCCUACUUUGGAGUCCCGCUUCCGAGUAAGGACCCUCACCCUCAAGCCAGACGCGCAGAGAUUUUGAUGCCGCGGACGAAAGAACAGGAACAAAAACGAGCAGAGAAAAAAACGCGAAACGUUCCCAACCUUUAAGAAUGGAACGCUAUUUUUCGCGGUCGCGGACCGUCCGCUUUUUGUGCGUUGAUCGUUGAAUCAUAAUCUCACGAGACUUGGCAGCAGCCCCCAGGCUAAGCAGCAAACCAAAUACAAACAACGACCCCAGAGCCAGUGGACGAACUGUAAGGUAGGAGAGCAGAAGUAGAAAAAAAAACCUUCACCAGUCAGUUUCUCCAAGACGACGACGACGACGACGACGACGUGAGCCAGGGGACGUCGAGAAAAACGAGAACAUCUUCUUAUCUUGAAUAUUCGACUUUUGUUUUAACUUAUAAUGGAUGACAUUUUAUGCUUCCUCGCGCCCUCGCCCCCGGAAUGGGACAGUACGAAAGCGUUGAAGGUUUUUUUUUCUUCUCAACUCUCCUCAAUUUAAUCUGUCGUCGGAAUUUCAACUCAUCUGGACCGGAGUAGCUGGAAAAGUUUAAGAUAAAAGGCCAAAGCGAGAUAGUGAUGGUUCGAGGAUCGAGGAGACGGGAAUCAGACCGGGCAGCUCCAAAUCAAAAUUGUAAAUACUUAGCCUGCUCCCGGGAAUCCUACGACAAAACGAGAGCAACACACACAAAAAUACCUUCUUGAUAGGAAUAUUAUUUAAUUAUCUUAAUUGUCAACCAAAAAUAUUAUAUAUUUUUGCCUUGGUUCCGACCUUUUUUCUUUCGUCAUUUUUCGGUGCUUGCGUGCGAAGAAAAAUAAUUGUAAGAAAAAAUGGUUCCCAGCCGCUGUUUUUAUGCUGCUUCUAGAAAACCACUCUCCCGGCGGAAGCUGCGAAGAGAAUGUGUACAUUUUAAGGUCCAGCAUCUUUACCACGAAAAACCCCCGACGAUGGAAUGAAAAAGUAUUUAUUUAAUCCUCUAUGGGCGAGGAAACGAAAACUGUUUCAGUAUUACCUAAAUGUUUUUAUAUCCAUGAUUGAAUGUAGUAUAAUAUCGUAUCGUAUCAGUAUCUGUAAUCCAAUCCGAACCCCUAAAACUAGGCGAAUCCCGCUAAAUAAGACAAACCCUGAACAGUGACCCCAGUAGCUUCGUAAGCCGAAAACGAGAUCCCAGUUACUUAGCGUUAGUGUGCUCGCGCGAACGUUUACUACGUGUUGUAUAGUUAAUGAUAGGAGCUCAACUGUAAGCUGACUAAAUGUAUCUUUUUGCUUAAUUGUAGCGAACAUUUUUUUCUCUAUACGGUAGGCAUCAAUGAUGAACAAAUAAUGUUUACGAAAACUAACAAUCAAAUGAAAGACUGAUAGCAAUUAAACCGAAGGAAUCGUGUUAGUUUUGUUCCCCAAAACCGUGCAGCUGUUUACAACUGAAACCUAUACUUAGUGCAGGCACUAUUUGAUAAGAGAAAAAAAUCCCUAAAUCAGAAAUCAGAAUGAUUUUCAUAUACAAAGGAAAAAUUAUAUUCGGUUCUUUCUACUCUCAAUUGCCAAAACAAAUAAACAAGCACAACGAACUAAGUAUUGGUUAGCAAAACGAAGAAAAAAAAAAUCUGUAAAUAUAGGUAAGAAACAAAUUUUAGGUAAGAAUCCUUAAGCAAUCCGUUAAUCUUCUGCUUAUUUAAAAACAAGAAACGAAAACUUACUUAAGAAAAAAAACAAAUAUAGCGCUAGUAACUUAUUAACAAAUUUUCAGUCUGCAGCAAAAGCUCUUCUCACCUAUUCGCUAACACAAAUAGAAGAAAAAAAAACAAGUAUUUAACAGUGCCCAUAGCAACGUAAGAUUUACUCUAACAAUCAGAACUACGUAACACGCCCCUCCCCCUUUUUGUAAAUAAAAACAAACAAAUCGAAGAAGCAAAAACAGGUCCUUGCGUCCGGCUCUCGUAGUAAGAAAAGUGAUACUUAAUGUUUUAAAUGUGCGUUUUAUGUUUUUGUGUUUCCAAACAAAAACGAAACAAAACCGCCACCUGUGUAUUAUAUUAGCAUCGAUGUUUGUCCCGUUUUUUUGUUCAUAUUUGUUUAAUGUGUACCCCGCCAAUAUUUACGAUAUGUUGUCAGAAUAUUUCAAUGUGUUAAGAGACCCCUUCCACAGCAAACGAACAAUGCAAAAAAGGAACAUACAAACAAACGGUACGUUUUUAACGCUUCCUCCCUGUACUUUAUUGUAUACUAGAAGAAACCCCUCCCCAAAUUGUGAAUGUUGAUCAAAAAUGAAAUGAAAAAAAAAAAAUCGAAAUCAUUAUGAGCGAGAAAAAAAAUGAAGAAAAUAAAUAGUAAG